UGGAAGAAGAAGAGCUACUAGGUUGCAUGAGAUACAAAAAAACCAACAUGGCGGCGUGCAGUAGAUUACCCUUGCAGUUAUUUUUAUCAACUCAGACAUCGCGUGUGAUCUGCACCAGAAAUGUACAAGUUAAAAGUGAAACAGAAGCGAACCCGUUAUAUCCAGCGCUUUUACCGUCUCGGACAGCUAAGAGUAAAUCAGCGAAAAGGCGAGUGUUACUGGAGUUCUUCGAGCAGCUGCGCACAGUCGAGCCACAGGAGAAGAUCCGGGCUCUCACCCGUAUCCAGCGCAUGAAGUAUGUGGUUUACCCUCAGACUCCGGCUGUAGGAGCGGAUAAAUGGUACCAGCAUUUCACCAAGACCGCGUAUCUGCCCGGUCUUCCGGAGAAGAUGAGCACUGCUGAGCUGGAGGACACUCUGGUGUCUGAUCUGUGCUCCACAGUGUGUGACAGUCUCCUACAGGAGCACUGGUACAUGAAGAAAGGCAGGACGUUCCUCCAGAAAGAGCAGGCGCAGUUUGCUGCACCCUUUUUGAUGAACACUGUGUCUGGGCUCAUUUCCUCACUGGCCAGCAGAAAUCCUGUGCUCCGACUGUCUAAUUUUGAUCUGUCUCCUUAUGUCAACUUUUACUGGGUGAACGGAGAGAGGACUAUUCCGAGAGGACACCGGCGUGGCAGAGUCGAGCCUCAGAGGUUCCAGAUUGAUGAUAGACCUCACAGCCAGAUACGUAUCCGGCAGCAGCUCCCUGAGUUUGUGCCACUUGAGACAGAGGUAGCUGCUGAAGUGCCAGUAAUGCAGUUGGCUCCUGAUUGCCUCCCUUUGUUCCGGAGACAGUAUGACAAUAAUAUCUCUACAGGUGCUAAACUGCAAGACCCCUGCUGCUAUGGGCACACACAGUUCCACAUGGUCCCUGAUAAGUUCCGCCGGGACAAACUAAUUAAAAAAAACCUCUCUGAUCAUAUCGAGGUGUUUUUGAGGGCCAACGGUAUUGCAAGUCUCUUUGCAUGGACAGGAGCACAGGCCAUGUAUCAGGGUUUCUGGAGUGAACAGGAUGUGAGCAGGCCGUUUGUGUCUCAGGCUGUGAUCACCGAUGGACAGUACUUCUCUUUCUUCUGCUAUCAGCUCAACACGCUGGCCCUGAGAUCGUUCUCCAUUCCCGACAACCCACGUAAGAACCUGUGCUGGGGCACAGAGAGCCUGCGCCUCUACGAAAGAAUCACAGAUGGAGAUGUGAUCGGCUGGGAUGACGAUGUGCUUAAGCUCCUUGUAAAGUUUCUGCUGAACAAGCCAUAAAUUAAUCAAGAGAGCUUGAGUGUGGAAAUCUGGUGGCAUUUUCCUAAUAGAAAAUAAAUAUAAUAUAAUAUGCGCCA